AUGAUGGGCAUCAUGGAGUCUGGAGCAGUACGCAAAAAUUACACAAACAAAACAAAACAAAACAAAUGACUGAGACCUGAUGUCUAGGCUUUAUUCAGCGAGCUGAAUAGGUCUUGACCUGUGUGUGUCUGUGUGUGUGUGUGUGUGUGUGUCUAUGUGUGUUACCUUUUCCAGGUGUGUGUCCAGUACCUAAAGGACUCUAACAUGCUGUUCAUCGGUGGUCUGUUGGUGGCUAUCGCUGUUGAGAACUGGAAUCUUCACAAACGCAUCGCCCUCCGAGUACUACUGGUGGUGGGGGUAAAGCCGGCACUGUAAGUACACUAAGUUAGCAAGUAGCCACUGUAACCCAUAACUACUGAAUACAGUAGCUUAUAUAGUCAGUAUACUGUACAGUAAGAGAUAAACACAUUAGCUACCGUUCUACAAAAUACAGUCAGAGCAUGCAACAUUAACUACAAAAUAGUCAGAGUUGGUAAUAUUAGCUAUAAAAUACAGUCAGAGUUAGCAACAUUAAAAACAUUAGCUACAAAAUACAGUCAAAGUUAGCAAUAUUAGCUAAAUACUACAAAAUACAGUCAGAUAUAGUAACAUUAGUUACAUAAUACAAAAUACAGUCAGUUAGCAACACUAGCUACCGUCCUACAAAAUACAGUUAGAGUUAGAAACAUUAGGUACCGUACUACAAAAUAUAGUCAGAGUUGGCAACAUUAGCGACUGUUCACCAAAAUAGUCAGAUUUAGCAACAUUAGUUACAGUAAUACAAAAUACAGUCAGUCAACAACAUUAGCUACCGUCCUACAAAAUACAGUUAGAGUUAGAAACAUUAGGUACCAUACUACAAAAUACAGUCAGGUUUAACAACAUUAAAUACAGUAAUACAAAAUACAGUCAGUUAACAACAUUAUCUACCAUUCUACAAAAUACAUUCAGAGUUAGCAACAUUAGUGACUGUUCUACAAAAUUCAGUCAGAGUUAGCAAUAUUAGCUACAAAAUACAGUCAAAGUUAGCAACAGUAGCAACUGUUCUACAAAAUACAGUCAAAGUUAGCAAAUUAGCUACAUACUACAAAAUAUUAUCUACCGUUCUACAAAAUACAUUCAGAUUUAGCAACAUUAGUGACUUUUGUAGAAAAUACAGUCAGAGUUAGCAGUAUUAGCUAACGUUCCAGAAAAUACAGUCAGAUUUAGCAACAAUAGCUACCGUAAUACAAAAUACAGUCAGAUGUAGCAACAUUAGCAACAAAUUAAAUUCAAUGUUAGCAACAUUAGCAACUUUUCUACAAAAUACAGCCAAAGUUGUCAUUAUUAGUUAUGUACUACAAAAUGCAGUCAGAGUUAGCAGCAUUAGCUAUUGUUCUACAAAAUACAGUCAGCGUUAGCAAUAUUAGCUACCAUUUUUACAAAAUACAGUCAGAUUUAGCAACAUUAGAUACCGUAAUACAAAAUACAGUCAGAGUUAGAAACAUUAGGUACCGUACUACAAAAUAUAGUUAGAGUUAGCAACAUUAGCUACCAUUCUACAAAAUACAGUUAGAGAUAUCAAAAUUAGCUACCUUACUACAAAAUAUAGUCAGAGAUGGCAAUAUUAGCUACAAAAUACAGUCAAAGUUAGCAACAUUAGUUACAAAAUACAGUCAGUUAGCAACAUUAGCUACAAAAUACAGUCAAAGUUAGCAAUAUUAACUACGUACUACAACAUAUAGUAAGAGUUAGCAACAUUAGCGACUGUUGUACAAAAUACAGUCAAAGUUAGCAAUAUUAGGUACGUACUACAAAAUAUAGUUAGAGUUAGCAACAUUAGCUACCAUUCUACAAAAUACAGUUAGAGAUAUCAAAAUUAGCUACCUUACUACAAAAUAUAGUCAGAGAUGGCAAUAUUAGCUACAAAAUACAGUCAAAGUUAGCAACAUUAGUUACAAAAUACAGUCAGUUAGCAACAUUAGCUACAAAAUACAGUCAAAGUUAGCAAUAUUAACUACGUACUACAACAUAUAGUAAGAGUUAGCAACAUUAGCGACUGUUGUACAAAAUACAGUCAAAGUUAGCAAUAUUAGGUACGUACUACAAAAUACAGUCAUAGUUAGCAACAUUAGCGACUGUUGUACAAAAUACAGUCAGGGUUAGCAAUAUUACCUACCGUUCUACAAAAUACUGUCAGAUUUAGCAACAAUAACUACCGUAAUACAAAACUCAGUCAGAGUUAGCAACAUUAGCGGCUGUUGUACAAAAUACCGUCAGAGUUAGCAACAUUAGCUACCGUUCUACAAAAUACAGUUAGUUAUCAAAAUUAGCUACCUUACUACAAAAUACAGUCAGAGUUAGCAACAUUAGCUACAAAAUACAGUCAGAGUUAGCAACAUAAGCUACAAAAUACAGUCAGAGUUAGAAACAUUAGGCAACGUACUACAAAAUAUAGUUAGAGUUAGCAACAUUAGCUACGUAUUACAAAAUAUAGUCAGUUAGCAACAUUAGCUACGUACCACAAAAUACACUCAGAUUUAAUAACAUUAGUUACUGUGUUUAAAAAACCGUCAGUUAGCAACAUUAGCUACCGUCCUACAAAAUACAAUAAGUUAUCAAAAUUAACUACCUUCCUAAUUAUACAGUCAGAGUUAGAAAAAUGAGGUACCGUUCUACAAAAUAUAAUCAGAUUUAACAACACAACAUACAAUCAGUGUUUGCAACAUUAGCGAAUGUUCUACAAAAAUCAGUCAAAGUUUGCAAUAUUAGCUACCGUUCUACAAAUUACAGUCAGAGUUAGCAACGUUAGGUACCGUUCUACACAAUACAGUUAGAGUUAUCAAAAUUAGCUACCUUACUACAAAAUAUAGUCAGAGUUGGCAAUAUUAGCUACAAAAUACAGUCAGAGUUAGCAACAUUAGUUACAAAAUACAGUCAGAGUUAGCAACAUUAGCUACCAUUCUACAAAAUAAAGUCAGAAUUAGCAAUAUUAGCUACCUUCUACAAAAUACAGUCAUGUUUUAGAAACAUUAGCUACGUACUACAAAAUAUAGUCAGAGUUAGCAACAUUAGCUACAAAAUACAGUCAAAGUUAGCAAUAUUAGCAACGUACUACAAAAUACAGUCAGAGUUAGCAACAUUAGCUAUGUACUACAAAAUACAGUCAGAUUUAGCAACUUUAGUUACCACAAUACAAAAACCAGUCAGUUAGCAACAUUAACUACCUUACUAAAAAUACAGGUAGAGUUAUCAAAAUAGCUACCUUACUAUAAAAUUAGCUACCUUACUAAAAAUACAGUCAGAGUUAGAAACAUUAGCUACCUUACUAAAAAAUAUAAUCAGAUUGGCAAUAUUAGAUACAAAAUACAGUCAACGUUAACAACAUUAGCAAAUUAGUAACUGUUCAACAAAAUAUUUUGUAGAACAUUAGCUAAUAUUGCUAACUCUGACUGUAUUUUGUAGAAUGUUAGAAAAUGUUGCUAACUCUGACUGUAUUUUGUAUUACGGUAGCUAAUGUUGCUAAAUCUGACUGUAUUUUGUAGAAUGGUAGCUAAUAUUGCUAACUCUGACUGUAUUUUGUAGAACAGCCUCUAAUGUUGCUAACUCUUACUUUAUUUUGUAGAAUGUUUUCUAAUAUUGCUAACUGUCUGUAUUUUGUACAACGGUAGCUAAUGUUGCUAACUCUGACUGUACUUUGUGUUACGAUAGCUAUUGUUGCUAAAUCUGACUGUAUUUUGUAGAACGGUAGCUAAUGUUGCUAACUCUGACUGCGUUUUGUAGUACGUAGCUAAUAAAGCUAACUUUGACUGUAUUUUGUAGAAAAGUUGCUGAUGUUGCUAACACUGACUGUAUUUUGUAGCUAAUGUUGCUAUAUCUGACUGUAUUUUGUAGAACAGUAGCUAAUACUGCUAACUCUGACUGCAUUUUCUACAACAGUCACUAAUGUUGCUAACUCUGACUGUAUUUUGUAGUACGUAGCUAAUAUUGCUAAGAAAUACAGUCAAAGUUGUCUUUAUUAGCUAUGUACUACAAAAUGCAGUCAGAGUUAGCAAUAUUAGGCUCUGUUCUACAAAAUAAGAUCAAAGUUAGUAAUAUUAGCUACCGUUCUACAAAAUAUAGUCAGAGUUAGCAACAUUAGCUACAUACUACAAAAUACAGUCAAAAUUAGCAAAAUUAGCGACUGUUCUCCAAAAUACAGUCAGAUUUAGCAACAUUAGUUACAGUAAUACAAAAUACAGUCAGUUAGCAACAUUGGCUACUGUCCUACAAAAUACAGUUAGCGUUAUCAAAAUUAGCUACCUUACCAAAAAACACAGUCAGAGUUAGAAUCAUUAGGUACCAUACUACAAAAUAUAAUCAGAGUUGGCAAUCUUAGCUACAAAAUACAGUCAGUGUUAACAACAUUAGUGACUGUUCUACAAAAUACAGUUGUCGUGACGUGACUUACUUUAAUGUAUGGCUGUUAUUUAUCGAAUGAACUAACUAUGUUUAAUUGUCACUCGAUUAAAUUAAUUAUGUAACAAUUAACUAAUUAGGAAUUUGGGGCAUCAAAUAGUAACAACAUUAGCUACCGUCCUGCAAAAUACAGUUAGUUAUCAAAAUUAGCUACCUUACUAAAAAAUACAGUCAGAGUUAGAAACACUAGUUACCGUACUACAAAAUAUAGUCAGAGUUAGCAACAUUAGCUACCGUUCUACAAAAUACAGUUAGAGAAGAGCAACAUUAGCUACUGUAUCACAUAAAACAACAAGAACAAUGUUAGAAGUAGGCCUACCUUAGUUGCAAAAAACGAAUACAGAUAGAUAUUACAUGCAAGACAAAAGUAACGUUUGUAACCAUCCCCAAAAGUAACCAUCCCCAUCUCACUCUCUCUACCCUUUCUCCAGGCUGAUGUCAGGGUUCAUGGGUGUGACAGCCUUCCUGUCGAUGUGGAUCAGUAACACAGCCACCACAGCCAUGAUGCUGCCCAUCACCCAGGCCGUGCUAGGCCAGCUGUGUGCCACAGAGGCCAGGCAGGAUGAGAGGGAGCUGCAGGUUGAAGGGAAGGACAACCAGGCCUUCAAACUGGACACCAAAUCACCCCAAGAAGAAGAGAUCAACACCAAACAGGACCUCGUCAAGACACAGCAGGAUUAUAUGUGUAUGUAUAAAGAUACAGACAAUUUUUUCUGAAUGUAAUCGGUUUAAGGGGAGUUUUAUAGUUCUUUCUUAAAAAUGUAAAUGUGAUGUGAUAAAGACCCACCCAUUAUUGUCUGAUAUGGUUCCUAGAACCAUUUUCAGUAUGUUUUAAAUAUGUUUUAAUACGUUGUAAAGAGUUCCCUGAAUACAGUGUUAAUGAUUGUCCUUUCUUUCUCCCUGGACCGCUAACCACAUUCCUCUUUCUCUCUAUAACCUUCCUCUCCCUCUCUCUCCUUCUUCAUCUUCCCUCCCUCCAGAUGAGGAUGUGGAGAGAGAUGCGUACUCACCUCUGGAGAGGAGGAGAAAACAGAGAGAGUUGAAGUACCAGCUCUUGACUAAAGGGAUGAGUCUGAGUGUGUGUUACUCUGCCAGUAUCGGAGGCACAGCCACCCUCACCGGCACCACACCCAACCUCAUCCUCAAGGGACAGGUGGACGAGUAAGUUACGCACACACAGGGUGCAUUCGGAAAGUAUUCAGACCCCUUCCCCUUUUCCACAUUUUGUUACGUUACAGCCUUAUUCUAAAAUGUAUCUACACACAAUACCCUAUAAUGACAAAGCGAAAACAGGUUUUUAAAAAACAGAAAUACCUUAUUUACAUAAGUAUUCAGACCCUAUGCUAUGAGACUCAAAAUUGAGCUCAGCUCCAUCCUGUUUUCAUUGAUCAUCCUUGAGAUGUUUCUACAACUUGAUUGGAGUCCACCUGUGGUAAAUUCAAUUGAUUGGACAUGAUUUGGAAAGGCACACACCUGUCUAUAUAAGGUCCCACAGUUGACAGUGCAUGUCAGAGGAAAAUCCAAGCCAUGAGGUCGAAGGAAUUGUCUGUACAGCUCAGAGACAGCAUUGUGUCGAGGCACCGAUCUGGGGAAGGGUACCAAAACAUUUCUGCAGCUUUGAAGGUCCCCAAAAACACAGUGGCCUCCAUCAUUCUUAAAUGGAAGAAGUUUGGAACCACCAAGACUCUUCCUAGAGCUGGCCGCCCGGUCAAACUGAGCAAUCGGGGGAGAAGGGCCUUGGUCAGGGAGGUGACCAAGAACCCAAUGGUCACUCUGACAGAGCUCCAGAGUUCAUCUGUGGAGAUGGGAUAACUUUCCAGAAGGACAACCAUCUCUGCAGCACUCCACCAUUCAGAGUGGCCAGACAUAAGCCACUCCUCAGUAAAAGGCACAUGACAGCCUGCUUGGAGUUUGCCAAAAGCCACAUAAAGGACUCAGACCAUGCGAAACAAGAUUCUCUGGUCUGAUGAAAUCAAGAUUGAACUCUUUGGCCUGAAUUCCAAGGGUCAUGUCUGGAGGAAACCUGGCACUAUCCUUACGAUGAAGCAUGGUGGUGGCAGCAUCAUGCUGUGGGGAUGUUUUUCAGUGGCAGGGACUGGAAGACUAGUCAGGAUUGAGGGAAAGAUGAACUGAGCGAAGUACAUAUAGAUCCUUGAUGAAAACCUGCUCCAGAGCACUCAGGACCUCAGACUGGGGCGAAGGUUUACCUUCCAACAGGACAACAACCUUAAGCACACUUCCAAGACAACGCAGGAGUGGCUUCAGGACAAGUCUCUGAAUGUCCUUGAGUGGCCCAGCCAGAGCCCAGACUUGAACCCGAUCGAACAUCUCUGGAGAGACCUGAAAAUAGCUCUGCAGCUACACUCCCCAUCCAACCUGACAGAGCUUGAGAUGAUCUGCAGAGAAAAAUGGGAGAAACUCCCCAAAUACAGUUUUGCCAAGCUUGUGGCGUCAUACCGAAGAAGACUCGAGGCUGUAAUCGCUGCCAAAGGUGCUUCAACAAAGUACUGAGUAAAGGGUCUGAAUACUUAUUUUUAAUACAUUUGCAAACAUUUCUACAAACCAGUUUUUGCCAUGUCAUUAUGGGGUAUUGUGUGUAGAUUGAUGAAGGAAAAAAACAAUUUUAUCAAUUUUAGAAUAAGGGUGUCUACAAACCCGUUUUUGCUUUGGCAUUAUGGGGUAUUGUGUGUAGAUUGAUGAGGAAAAAAAACAAUUUAAUCAAUUUUAGAAUAAGGGUGUAACAUAACAAAAUGUGGAAAGAGUCAAGGGGUCUGAAUACUUUCCGAAUGCACUGUACACAUACAGACACAGACACAAACACAGGCACUGUGCCAUAAAUAUGACAAUGACAACAUCAUCAUAAUUUUCAAAUGUACAUGUGCAUGUAGAUAAAAUCAGGCCAUAUCUAAAUCUCCUCUCUCCCUUAUUUCUCCCCCUUCUCUCCACUCUCCUUCUCCCUUCUUCCCCCUCUCUAUAGUAUCUUCCCAGAUAAUGGCGAUGUGAUCAACUUUGCGUCGUGGUUUGGCUUUGCCUUCCCCAACAUGGUCAUCAUGCUGAUCCUGUCCUGGCUCUGGCUGCAGUUCAUGUACAUGGGCUUCAAGUAAGUAAUGCUGUGUUCAAAAUAACUGGGAACUCAGAAAAAUGGGAGGAUGAAUCAUGACGUCAGUGAUCUUCAGGUUGGAAAGUCGGAGCUCUAGAAAGAGGCCAGAGUUCCCGAGUUGGAAUUCUGAGUUGGAUGACCGUUCAAAUCGAUUUGUCCCAGUCGGAGUUAGUUUUUUUCAGAGUUCCCAGUUAAACACACUGAAGUUGGAAGUCGGAGAUUUCCGGGUUCCUAGUUCCGAGUUCCCAGUUGUUUUAAACGCAGCAUAAGACUCACUUCACCUCACGUGUCAUCACUCUGCGUAAUACUUGCAAGGCUCAAAUCUCUUGUCAAUACUUGCAAGGCUCAAAUCACGUGUCAUCACUGUGCGGCAUUCACAAGGCUCACACAGAGAGAAUGAUAGAGGACUCUAGUGCCCAAAAGCCUGUUUUAGCACGGGCAGCGCCAUUGAGGACUUUCCCCAUUUUGAAGUAGUCAACUGAGUGGACUUCCUAUUGGUUAAGGAAGGAUCACAUAAUUCCAUCCAGGUCAUCAGGAGGGAUCAACCAAUGAAUUAUACUUGUGAGCAAACAUUCCAUAACUACGGGUGGCAGUAAAUCGACAACCUUGGCUUUAUACCUGUUCAAACAACACACUCAGUAGAAGAAGAAAAUUGACUACUUCAAAAUGGAGAUGGCCUCCAUGGUGCUGCCCAUGCUCUCACAGACACCAUAAUUGGACAGAUACGAUGUUGCAUCCUCUAACUAUCUCUAUGGGCUCACAUUACGUGUCAUCACUGUGUGACAUUCACAAGGCUCACAUCAUGCUUCUACAUCUGCAUUGCUUGCUGUUUGGGGUUUUAGGCUGGGUUUCUGUAUAGCACUUUGUGACAUUGCUGAUGUAAAAAGGCCUUUAUAAAUACAUUUGAUUGAUUGACGUGUCAUCACUGGGCGACAUUCACAAGGCUCACAUCACAUGUCAUCACUGUGCGACAUUCAAACCAGAUCAAUAAUAAGUAAAAAUAACAUGGCUAUAUACAGUAACAGUACCGAUCGAUGUGCAGGGGGUACAAAGUAAUUGAGGUAGCUACAUGUAUGUACAUAUAGGUAGGGGUAAAGUGACUAGGCAACAGGAUAGAUCAGGGGUUCUUAAACUUUUUCAACCUGUGUUUUCUUUGGACCCAAGCUUAUGAAAACAUGCAACUAUACCUAAAUAUCGGUACAUUUAAUUGCCCUUAUGCCUAAAACGAAUGCAAUAUAGACAAAAACAAAUAACAAUGAAAGGAAAUACCCAUAUAAAUAGCAAUUAAUGGUUAUUUUCCCCCAUUAAAAACACUCUUACAUAUCUGUCUAGGUUGGAACUAUUGCUGUUAAAAUACAAUAAAUAAUUUUCAUUCUGAACUGGAAUAAACUGAUUGAUCACAUCACACAGAUGUAUAAUAGAACACACACACAUGCUGAGUUUUUGAUAGUGCAACCCUAAGUAACAGUACAGAUGGAAAAUGAUCAGGCUAAGAAAGUAUUGUUGAAUGAAAGGUCUAGGUUGGAACUGUUGCUGUUAAAAUACAAUAAAUAAUUGUUAUUUUGAACUGGAAUAAACUGAUUGAUCACAUCACACAGAUGUAGACCAGAAAACAACACACACACACACACAGUCCUAAUGAGAGGUGUGUGGCUGGUUGAAGUUGAGGUGAGACUUGCGCUCUUCUCCUCUGAGAGCAGAAGCCAGAAUUUGGACCGAGCCAUGGACCUGGGACUGACAGAGGACCACUUCUCUUGA